AUGAGGAAUCAAUGUUGUUAUCAUGGACCGAUGCGGUUGUUAAUCGUUUUCUCAUUGAUAACAGUUGUCUUCACUGAUCCAUUAUUGAAAAAUACUUCAUACGGUCAAGUAUUAGGUACAAUAAAACAAAAGCAGGUACGUGUUUGGUAUUAUAUCCCAUACGCAUUACCACCAACCGGUAAUUAUCGAUGGACCACCCCACAACCACCAAUCUCGUGGUCAUCACCCUAUAAUGCAACAAAAUCAACUCCAUAUCCAGCAUGCACACAACCGAAUUCAAGUCAGUUAGUAAAUUCAGUUAUACAAGAAGAUUGUUUAUAUCUAACUAUAUACGCACCAUUAAAUGAUUCAUUACGUUAUCCUGUUAUGGUUUGGAUACAUGGUGGUAGUAAUAAAGCUGGAAGUGGUUUUCAGUAUGAUGGUACAACAAUGGUCUAUGAACAAAAUGUUAUUAUUGUUACAAUUAAUUAUCGACUUGGUAUAUUUGGUAAUUUAGCGUUAAAACAAUUACAACAAGAAGAUAUGUUAAAUCAAACAGGUACAUAUGGUUUGUUAGAUCAACAAUUUGCAUUAAAAUGGAUUAAUCAAAAUAUUGAAAAUUUUGGUGGAAAUUCAUCACUAAUCACGCUCUUUGGUGAAUCAGCUGGAGGCUCUGCUAUAUGUGCUCAUUUAACAUCACCAUUUAGUUAUGGUCUAUUUCAACGCGUUAUUAUUGAAUCACAAACGUGUCAAGCAUAUCAGUCAUUAGAACAAGCGUUUACUCAAUCGGCAGUUAUUAUUCAAAAUGCUAACUGCAAUAAGUCUAAUGUUUUAUCUUGUAUGCGAGCAUUAACAACACAAAAUAUACUGUUAUAUGAUCCUAAUAGCCAAGGCUCAUCGAUAUGGUGUACAAGUGUUGAUGGUGUUAGUUUAUUAAAUUUUCCAAUAAUCUCAAUUAGUAAUGGUCAAUAUAGUAAAAAUAUAUCAAUAUUCAUUGGCACUAAUUUGAAUGAAUAUUCAUUAUUUUUAUGUCUAACUGUUAAUCAACUAGGUAAAACACAAUCAAGUUUUUCAAUAACAGAUUUACAAACAUUAACAUCAGUAGCAUUAUAUGACUUUAAUAUUAAAACAUCAACAAUAAUAAAUCAGUUAUAUCCAGUUAAUAAUUAUUCAGAUCCAUAUAUGUGCGGUGUUGAUAUUUAUACUGAUGCCAUGUUUAAAUGCACAGCUAAGUAUAUCGCUGAUUCUAUGUCAUCAUCUUCUUCCGUUUAUAUGUAUUCAUUUGAAUAUCAUGCGGGAUUUUCAUCGUCGUGUACUGGAAUUGAACAUACUUAUGAGUUACCUUAUAUAUGGCCUACACUACAGAUAGCAUGGUAUCCCUAUAUAGCUAAUUCAGCUGAAUUAUUAUUAGCUAAAACAAUGCGUUCUAUUUGGGCAUCAUUUGCCUUAUAUGGUACACUUCUUUUACCUAAUGGUCAAAGUUGGCCGUUGUAUAGUAAAACAACAUCAACAUACGGUUCAUUUGAUACGGCCUCAUCUAAUGUAACUAUAAAAAAUAAUUUUCGUACAAGUACUUGUUCCAUAUUUAAUCCAUUUUAUCAAAAUCCACCAACAAAUCAACAGUCAUUUACAUUUAAUUCCAUGGCACUACCAUCAAACCAAGGUUCAACACCAACUAUAAAAGCAACAUUUUUUAUUGAUAAUCUAUGUACCUUCCUCUUACUUGGCAUUAUUAAAGAUUUUCCUUACCACAUAGGAUAUGUGUAG